AUGCAGCCGUCAACAAACGUGUCUGCGCCAAACGUGACGACGUCAACGGCUGUUGGUUCGUCAGUGUCGCUGCCGAAGAUGGUUGAACGCACGCUGUCACUGGCCAAAACGGUGGGCCGAAAUGUAUCACGGGCUGCCGCCAACAGCAGCAUCGUCAACGAUGGACGGCGGGCGCACAUGAGCACCUGGGGUGCAAGGAGGCAGAUGUGUGACGGGAUGCAUGGGGAACCAAGCGGAGAGAGCACGACAAUGCAGGGAUUUAACGAAUGUCAGGCAGUGCAGGGUAAGGAAUUCAAUGGACUGUUGUCGCCACCUUUGUCUGGGAGCCUUAGGGGCGGCCACCUUCGGUCGUGGACGCCCUUUGCCGCGUGGUUUGUUGGCCUUCUUCUCUUCUCGGUGCUUGCGGCGGCGCUUACGUACCGCUUUCUGCGGUCAAGACGCUCGUGGCGUGAUGAUUAUGAGGAACUCGUGGAGGAGGGUGGCCUGGAAACGGCGGAGAUGGGCGACACCAGGGCGUCGAGUCGGCCGGAUGGAAACGCCUCACGGCAACGUUUUCUGCAGUCGCGCCGGGCGGCUGCACAGAAGUCGUACGACACGGAGACGCCCACAAAGUAG